ACUGAUCCAGAUUCUACUUGCGAGUCUCAGUUGGAUCUGCCACAACACGGAAGUUGAGUUCUCAGUAUCAGUAGUUACCGAUCACAUUUACACUAGAAGUACUCUGACAUCGUGCGUGACGUUUUUGUUGUUUAUCUGUAACUGGCCGCCCCCAGUUCCUGGAACAGAAUCUCCCAGGUCUACAGACGAGGAAGAAGGCCCUUCAGCCCAUCGGUUUGCAGGCACUUAGAGCUUUUUAAGCCACUGUCAUUAUGCCAAGUGAAACUAGCCUUUCGAAAACCACGGACUGUUUUUAUGUGCAUGAUCUAAACUAUCACAAAGGACUCUCCAAAGUACUUCAAGGAUCAGUGAAACAUGACAAAACAACAGAAGUCUUAUUUUAAGAGCGGUGGUCUAUAAUUGGAGAUCCCUGGAGUGAAUCAUAUUGCGAUGAUGGAUGACUAGUUGUUUUCAGGCAAUGGAGAGUCCACUGUGCAUCACAUUGUGGUCACUUCUGUUCCUUCAGAAGCUUUUUUUAGGUGAUGGAUCCUUUAUCCAGAUCUCCGGCGUCUUAGGUGAAGACAUCUUACUGCCCUGCACUUUUACUGUUGCAUCCAACUUUAGUCUGCAGCAACUUGUCAUUACCUGGCAGCAGACAGUCAGUUUAAUUGUGGUUCAUAGCUACUACAAUGAGAAGAACCAUCCAGAGUAUCAGGACCCAGCAUUCAGAGGACGGACUGAACUAUUUCCCGAAAACUUCCCCAAUGGAAAUGCUUCACUCAGAUUGAAAGAAGCAACCACAUCAGACAUGGGGAACUACACCUGCUUUGUGAUUCAGGAGGAUGGAAAAGGCUACAUUGAAAAUUUGGUGGAACUGAAAUUAUAUGAUAAGCCACCGAUCAUUGGAAAUGACGAUACCGCAGUUUUGCACAAACAAAGAGCAAUUUAUACAGUUGGAUUCAUAAUUGGAGCACUGAUUGUUUUAAUUGGAUUUAGAGUUGGAUAUUCGGAAAUGCAAAAGAAGAAGCAACAAAUUUCCAACGAGAAUGUGCCUUUACUGGAAGAGGCUGUAGAAGAUGUCAUUAAAGGUUACAAAAAGGACAUUUUGAAAAAUCGAACAGAAUUUUACAAAAUGUCACAUGGGAAAGCCAAAGCCUACAGCUUACUUGACAGAACAAUCAAUAUCACCUCUCCCAUGAAACAGAUCACAGGUCUUGCUCCAGAUUUUGUGUCAGGAGUGAAAGUUGCACAGCUACUGUCAUUGCCGCAGAAAGCAAACUACCCUUCAAACCGAGUCCUGUUGAUCGGUGACAAAGGAGUGGGGAAAAGCUGGGCUAUAGCCAGCAUCCAGCAAGAGUGGGCAGAAUCUCAGCUAAGUCAACCAAGGUGCAUCAUUGUUUUCAGAUGCUGUGACUUCAAUGGAAUUGAAAGAAAGACGACUCUACGCAAACUGCUUAAGAAGCAGUUUGAGUCAUUGUCAUCAGUCCUAACAGAACUUCUUCAUAACCCUGAGGAUGUGUUAUUCAUUUUGGAUGGACUGGAUGAAUUCAGCAAUCAGUUGCAAUGUAAUCCACUGGAUGGCGAUUUUAACAUAGACACUGAGGCUGAAGUAAAUACUCUUGUUUACAGACUCAUUGCAGGAGAUCUCCUUUCAACAGCACAGGUAUGGGUUACCUCCCGAUGGAAUACUGAGCAGCUUGAAUCUCACAAGAAGUAUUUUGAUUGCAUCCUUAUUAUCUCUGGGUUUACCAAUGAUCAGUUAAGAGGAUAUUGUGAAAUAUUCUUUCAGGAAACACAACGCGCAGCAGGAAUGUAUGAACACGUGAUUAAAUAUGAGACCAUCAACUGCCUGAUGUCAAAUCCCCUCAACAGCUAUAUCCUGUGCAAUAUUUUGGAAAGAUGUAACGGCAGACCCGCUGUGAUUGCAGAUGUGUCAAUAACACACAGUAAAGUACUCUUGCUGUUCCUUUAUAGCCUGGUUCACUGCAGGACAUCUGACAAGUCAGUGAUCAUUAUUGAAAACGCUGGGACUGAACAGAAAGAGAAAUUGCUCCAAGAUACUAUCCUGAAAUUGGGGGAACUGUCCUUCAACAAGUUGCUGUCAGGGAAACUUGAAAUAAAAAUAGGUGAUAUGUAUCGCUAUGGAAUAGAUCCAGAUGUUCUUUCAAAGUAUUUUUCAAAUCUUUUCUUGGAAAAAGAGUCUAAAGGCCAAAGAAUCCUUGAGUUCUGCCAUGUCAUGCUAAAGGAAUAUUUUGCAGCUUUGUAUUGUGCAACUUCACUGAAAGAUGACGCUGAAGAGUUGGUCAAAUGUCUGGAUCUUUGGUGUUUUGGGAGAACACCACAGUAUCAAAAAAGCCAAUACUAUUUGAGAUCAUUUAAGGCUGAACACACAGAGAUGCUGUACAAUUUCACGAGGCUUCUCAUGGGCUCCUUAAAAGCAAGAAGAGGUGGCAAGUUGUGGGACUGUAACGCUUCACUCGCUCAUUCUACAGCCAGAGCUCUCGUGACUUGGUUCAAAGAAUGUCUUGAACGAAGUUGCAAAAAGUCCAAGCUGCUGAAUUUAAUGCAUUGUCUUUUUGAAUUGCAUGAUUCAACUAUAACAACAGAGGUAUCUCCUCACUUCAAGCAUGUAGAUUUUUUCAACAUUUCUCUGAGCUCACUAGACCUUUCUGUGUUAUGUUACUGUCUCCGUCAUUCUGCUGUGGAAGAAUUGGAUUUAAGACUCUGUACUAUAGCGGAUGAUGGAAUAAAACAGCUCAAGGAUGUGCUAUUCAAAUGCAAAACUGUUCUUGUAAGCUCCAACAAACUGACUGAGAAGUCAGCAGAGAUUUUGAGUGACAUUCUUCAAGACCCAAAAUGCAGAAUUGAGACAUUAUCAUGUGGCACAAACUGUUUUGGAGCCAGAGGAGCUCAAUUUUUUUGGAAAGCUUUGACAAGAAACCAAAGGCUCAAAUCUCUUCGUUUGUAUGAUAAUAAGAUUACAGAUGAAGGUAUAAAAAACUUGGUUGAUUACCUGAGUUACAAUACAACUCUUGAGAAGCUCUAUUUGUGUGUAAAUGAAUUCAGUGACGAUGGACUGAAGAACAUUCAACAAAUCAAAGAGAUGCAACAGCAUCUGAAGAUUGUCACUAAAAUCAUAGAAGAUGAAGAUUUGUUACUCCGGGUUGAAACACAGAUAAAUGAGUUACACUCUCAAAGCAAGGAGUAUAACCAGGAAUGGCUUCAAACCAUCAUGAAGUCCAUACUGAAAGAUCUUGGAGAUGAGACUGAAAUAACAGACCAGAUGAUAAAGAAUAGGGUGGGAAACAUUAAGGAAAGUAUAAACAAAUUUCUGUUGAAAAAAGCAAUGAUAGCAGUUGGAAGCAAGUCUACAUUUAGCACUUCAAAGUUGCCCAUUUAGACCGUGAGAUGUGAGUGACAACCUUUGACAUCAAGACUAACAUUUGAUGGAGUAUAAUUUUACAACACUGGGUAAACGCCUCUGCUAAUUUAAACUACCCACACAGAAAAUGUUCACCUCAUGUCGUAAUCUGUUAAAAUUUGAGAGGCAAAGAACUAUCCCAGAGGUCACUAUUUAAAGUAAAAUUAACAAUUUCAUUCUUUAAAUUCAAGUGAGAAUAAUAAAACCAACAACUAUUUACAAUUCCUUUCCCAUACUUCCUACUCUACAUACUAGUCCAAAAGAAAAGUCCUGAUUAAGAUUUACAAAAAAAAAGACGUUUCAAAAAAACCAGUCAGCUUUGUUGAUUCUGCUUUGUAGAUUUUUCACUUGUAGAUUUUUCUCUAGGAGAAAGUGAAGACUGCAGAUGCUGGAGAUCAGAGUUGAGAGUGUGGUGCUGGAAAAGGCAGCAUCCGAGGAGCAGGAGAAUUGACGUUUCAGGCAUAAGCCCUUAAUCAGGAAUGAGGCUUGUGGGGCGGGGCUAAGAGAUAAAUAGAAGGGGGUUGGGGUUGGGAGCAAGUAGCUGGGAAAGCAAUAGGUGGAUGAAGGUGAGGGAGAAGGUGAUAGAUCAGAGGGGGUAUUGAUGGACGGGUCGAGAGGCUGGUGCGGAGUUGGAGGCUUGGGACUGGGAUUUGUAGGGGGGGAGGGGAAAUGAGGAAGCAGUUGAAAUCCACAUUCAUCCUUGUGGUUACAGGGUCCCAAGGUGGAAUAUGAGGCGUUCCUCCUCCAGGUAUCGGUGGUAAUUGUUUGGUGGUGGAGGAGGCCCAUGACCUGCAUGUCCUUGACAGAGUGGGAGAGUGAGUUGAAGUGUUCAGCCAAGGGGUGGUGGGGUUAGUGGGUGCGGACAUCCCAGCGAUGUUCUCUGAAACAAUCCGCAAGAAGGCAAUCUGUCUCCCCGAUGUAGAGGAGACCACACCAGGUGCAAUGGAUGCAGUAUAUGACAUUGGGAGAGGUGUGGCUGAAUUUCUCACGGAUGUGGAAGAAUGCCUUGGGGCCUUGAAUGGAGGUGAGGGGAGUGGUGUGGGUCCAGGUUUUGACCUUUCUGCGGUGGCAGGGAAAUGUGCUAGGAGUGAGGUGUGGGCUGGUGGGGAGUGCGGACCUGAUGAGGGAAUCACGGAGGGAAUGGUCUUUUCGGAAUGCUGCUAGGGGUAGGGAGGGAAAUAUAUCUGGUGGUGGGGUCCAUUUGGAGGUGAUGGAAGUGGCGGAGGAUGAUGCGUUGUAUACGGAGGUUGGUGGAGUGGAAGGUGAGGACCGGGAGGUUCUGUCCUUGUUGCGUUGGGAGGGGUGGGAUUCAAGGGUGGUGGUGCAUGGUGGAGGAGAUGCGCUGGAGGGCAUUGUCAAUCACGUGGGACAGGAAGUUGCAAUCGUGAAAAAGGAGGCCAUCUGAAACUUUCUGGGGUGGAAUUGGUCAUUCUGGGAAUAGACGUGUUGGAGGCAGAGGAAUUGGGAAUAAGGGGUGGCAUUUUUACAGGAGGUCGGGUGGGAGGAGGUGUAGUCUAGGUAGCUGUGGGAGUCAGUGGGCUUGUAAUAUAUAUCUGUGGUUAGCACAAGAUGGCGCCGAUACAGUCAAUGAUGUAGCGGAGGAACAGGUGUGGGCUGGUGCCGGUGUAACUGCGAAAGAUGGACUGUUCCACAUAUCCGACAAAUAGGCAGGCAUAGCUGGGUCCUAUGUGGGUGCCUGUGGUUUGGAGGAAGUGAAGGGAUUGGAAGGAAAAGUUGUUGAGGGUGAGGAUCGGUUCACCCAGACAGAUGAGGGUGUCAGUGGGAGGGUACCGUUUGGGACAGCAUGAGAGGAAGAAAUGGAGGGCUUGAUUUUUCUCUAGGUCAGCUUCGAUGUUCUGCUUCACAAACUCCUUGUAGACAGGUACCUUUCAGAGAGCUCUUCAACUGGCAGUCUAUAUUUGUGGAUGCCCUUGGCAGUUUGUCUUCUAACUGUUCACAAUAUCCGGUUUUACACCGCAAAACAUCAGAUCUUUCAUUGGUUUUAAUAUUAUCAAAAUACUAAAUUCAAAUUUGAUAGGAUUUUGGUAUAUUGGGGCAUAAUUUAAACUGAUUGGCUGAAUUUGAAUUUGUUUUUGUUUCAUGGCAACUCAGCUACAGUUACUUGUUUGCCAAGUGUUACAUUUUUACUUUGUUCAGGACUCUCUGUACUUUGUCAGUCCUUGCUAGUUUUUUAUCGCUCCUAAAGGUAUAGUACACCUCCACACCUUCAUAACACCUCCCUCCUUAAGAAAAGAAUGAACCAUCAUAAUGGAAAGAUAGCUUCUUUUUUUCUCUAUUCCUUAAUCACAUUAUCAUGACAUGCAUGUGACUUUAAUCUAAGUUCAUACUAAUGUCUUCUCACGCGCAUAUACUGAAUUGAUACCAAUCUUACCUAUAAUUUAUCAGUUAAAUCUACAACAAUGAUUACAUUCUCACAACCCAAAUCAUGUAUGAUAUGUAAAUUAAAAGUCUGUAUCAUAAGACGACAACAAAAUGUCUCAUAUUCUUGUCUUUAAAGUGUUCUAAGAAUGUAAGAGAAUUGUGAUCUGUGUACACAACCGUCUCUGACACAUUGAUCAUGACAUACAUAUUAAAAUGUAAGGCCAGUACCAAACUCAGU